ACAGCCUCUGCAAUUAGAUUGACAGCUACAGACAUGGUGAUAAGUGUCGCGCUCAUCUGGGCCGUGGUGGUGGGAUUCUGCUGCUGCCUCUGGCUCGUCCUGGGAAUUCGCACAAGACAGCCAGGGGAACCUCCAGUAGAGAACGGCUGGAUCCCGUACAUGGGCUGCGCACUUCAGUUCGGCGCCAACCCCCUGGAAUUCCUCCGCAGCAGACAGAAGAAAUAUGGCCACAUUUUCACGUGUAAGAUCGCCGGCCGAUUCGUUCACUUCCUCUGCGACCCGUUCUCUUAUCACGGCGUCAUCCGUCAAGGGAGGCACCUGGACUGGAAGAAAUUUCACUUCGCAACAUCUGCCAAGGCAUUCGGUCAUGAAAACAUGGACCCGAGUCACGGCCACACCACGGAGAACCUUCACCAGACCUUUCUGAAGACUCUACAGGGUGAAGCCCUUCCCUCUCUCAUUGAAACCAUGAUGGAGAACCUACAAAGUGUCAUGCUGCACUCCAACAUGCUCAAAGCAUCCUCCGGCAGCUCUGAAUGGGAAGUCGACGGCAUCUUCGCUUUCUGCUACAAAGUUAUGUUUGAGUCUGGCUACCUCACGCUGUUCGGAAAGGAGUUGGAUGGAGACCAGACCAUCGCACGCCAGCAGGCCCAGAAAGCCCUGGUCCUCAGUGCUAUGGAGAACUACAAGGAGUUCGAUAAGAUUUUCCCCGCGCUUGUCGCAGGUCUCCCCAUCCACGUGUUCAAGAGCGGCCACAGCGCGCGAGAGAACCUCGUCAAAACCAUGCUACACGAGAACCUCAGCAAGCGCACAAAGAUCUCUGACCUCAUAUCCCUGCGAAUGCAGCUCAAUGACUCAUUAUCGACCUUCAACGAGCUGAGCAAAGCCAGGACUCACGUCGCGAUCCUGUGGGCCUCACAAGCCAACACGUUACCCGCAACUUUCUGGACCCUCUUUUACCUGAUCAGAUGUCCAGAAGCGAUGAAGGCAGCUAGUGAGGAGGUAAAGAACAUCUUCGAGAGAUCCAACCAGAAAGUUGAUCCCAGGGAUCCUCGACUCAUGCUCACCAGGGAGGAGUUGGACAAAAUGCCAGUUCUCGACAGUGUCAUAAAGGAGGCCAUGAGGCUGUCCAGUGCCUCUCUAAACGUCAGGGUGGCUAAAGCAGACUUCUUGCUGCAUCUGGACAACAAGGAAUCGUACCGGAUCCGUAAAGAUGACGUUAUUGCGCUGUAUCCGCAAAUGCUCCAUUUCGAUCCUGAGAUCUACGAAGAUCCUCUGACGUACAAGUACGACAGAUUCUUGGACGAGAAUGGCCAGGAGAAGACGUGUUUCUACCGAGGAGGACGUAAACUGCGCUAUUACUACAUGCCGUUCGGUUCCGGAGUCACCAAAUGCCCUGGGCGAUUUUUCGCCGUUCAUGAGAUUAAGCAGUUCCUGUCUCUGGUGCUGUCCUACUUCGACAUGGAGCUUCUAGAUCCUAAAGUAAAAGUUCCUCCUUUGGAUCAGUCGCGUGCCGGUCUCGGGAUUUUACAGCCUACGUAUGACGUCGACUUUAAAUACCGGCUCAAAAACCAAUAAGCCAAAGUCACAUUCUGUUCUUGUAAAUAGUGUAAAUUAUUGUUACAAAAAACUCUUUGACUUGAAAACUGUCUAAAAGUUUACACCCUUACAUCUUCUCCUGUCAUUUCAAUCAAAUCUACAGCAGUCCAUCUUCCUGUGUCCGCACCAGUAUUAGUGAUCGUCCUCACCCGCACGAUAAUCCUAACCCUGUCCUCAUUUACGCUUCGCUGCCAUAGCAAUGAAAUGUGUGCUGUACAUUAUGUAAUAUUUACUGUAUCCUGGUUUCAAGUCACAUGUGUGUUGUUGUUUGUUGUUUUGUUUAAGCCUAUAAGAACUGAUCAUGACGCCGCUUAAAUGCAAUGUAAGACGUCUCUGCUCGAUGUUAUCAGUAAUAUUUACUGCUUGCACAAGCCAAGAGUUUCUGCAUUAAAUGUAAGACAGAGAAAUAGAGUAUUGUGCAGAAAAGAGAAAUUCUGAUGAACUUUGAGCAAAAUUCUGAGGAAUCUGAAGAUUUUGGAGAAUCCGAUUAAACCUUUUUGAUAGUACAACAU